AACUUCAGCCAUCUCCACCACCACAAGUGCAACCACAACCACAGAGACCACAGAAAAGCCUACCACAGUUAUAACAAGUACAGAAAAGCCCACUACAUCAGUGGCAUCCACAGUCUCACCAACACCUUCAACUCUCCAGCCUUCAACAUCGUCAGCAUAUCCGGGCAGUACAACUUUAUGUUUCUGCAAGUACAUGGAUAAGCUUUUCCAUGCUGGUAGUUUCAUCUAUAAUGAAACUGAUGGAGCAGGCUGGUGUUUCACCUCUUUUUGCAAUGCAACAUGUAAUGUUGAGAAGCAUGCAAGACCAUGUCACUCUACCACUCGUCCACCAUUUUCCUCUACCACAACUACUACAACACAUGGUGGCUCAACAACAACUAGUGCAACCAUGACUCCUCCUGUUGACUGCACAUAUCUCACCCCACCUAGAAAGAAUGGCGACUCUUGGAAGACAGGUAACUGUACCACUGCAACAUGUGAGAAUGGUACAAUAACAGAAAAAACUGUGGACUGUAAGAAGGUGACCAUACCUGCUUGUGAAAAUACUUAUUCACCGGUUAAGGUGUAUGACGAAGCAGGCUGUUGUUUUCACUACGAGUGUAGAUGUGUAUGCAGUGGCUGGGGAGAUCCUCACUAUUUGACAUUUGAUGGGACAUAUUACAGUUUUCAGGAAAACUGCACAUAUGUCUUGGUGAAAGAGAUCAUUCCUCGACACAAUUUCACUGUUCACAUUGACAAUGAGAACUGCGAUGCCUCUGGAACUGUAACUUGUGUUCAUGCCUUGAUUGUGUAUUAUAAAAACUAUAAAGUUAGACUAAUACAGGAGGUGACCCCAAAGACCGAGAACAAGGUGUACAUCAAUGGCAAACAGGUGUUCCCAACUUUCUCUAAUGAUGACUUUACCAUCACAAGUACUCAAAUUGAGCUGAUCUUGAAAAUCCCAGAGAUUAAAGCAACUGUGACGUUCAAAGGGCUUCAAUUCAGCGUUGACGUUCCAUACUCCCUUUUUCACAACAACACAGAGGGGCAGUGUGGUACCUGUGACAAUAACAAGAAAAAUGACUGCAGAUUACCAAAUGGCCAGAUUCAUCACUCAUGUGCUGAGAUGGCACAUGAUUGGCAUGUACGAGAUGAGAACAAGACAUAUUGUGAAAGGCCCACACCUUCCCCACCUGGGCCCACCUCUUCCCCAAUUACAACCAUAUCCCCACCAACCCCUUGCAUACCUGCUAUUUGUGACAUUAUCACAAGCAAGGUGUUUGAGGAAUGCAACAAAAAAAUCAAACCAGAACACUACUAUGAGGCCUGUAAAUUUGAUGUUUGCCACAUGCCAAACACCACAAUGGGUUGCUCCAGUUUGGCGGCAUAUGCCUCGAAGUGUGAUGAUGCUGGAAUCUGUGUGAACUGGAGGAAUUCAACAGAUGGACAAUGUGAAUAUGUUUGUCCAGAAAACAAAGUCUACAAACCAUGUGCCACAACUGUUUCACCUAUUUGUAAUGAAAGAUACGUACAAAGCGAGCAGAACACUCCCUCACAGUCAUUUAAGGAAGGAUGCUUCUGCCCAGACGGGAUGUUCCAGUUCAGUACAGACUCUGACCUCUGCGUUCACUCCUGUUGCAUUGGACCCGAUGGUACACCCAGAAAGAUUGGCAGCAAAUGGCAAAGUGACUGUAAUUGGUGUGUUUGUGAUGAAGUCAAGCGCGAGGUUAAGUGUAAGCCCAUAACAUGCCCAACUCAAGAGCCCAUAACAUGCGACAAGGAAGGUGAGGUGCUGGAGACAUACACAGAGGACUGCUGUGAGAGAGCCAAAUGCAAAUGUGAUAAAGAACGCUGUCCAGAGCCAAGCGAGUGCGAGCUGGGAUUUAAGUCGGUGACGCAUAAAUCAAAUGGAAGUUGCUGCAGUUCCCAUACCUGUGAACCCAAAGAUGUCUGUGUUUUCAAUGGUACUGAGUACAAGCCUGGUGUGGAUGUACCCAAAGACCCAUGUCAAAACUGCAACUGUGGUAAUACCAAGGAUAAUAUCACCAAGCUGAAUCUCAUUGUAUGUACCCCGAAACCGUGCUCCACCGACUGUCCACAGGGCUACGAAUAUAAAAUUAGCCCUGGACAAUGUUGUGGGAAGUGUGUAGAGACCAGCUGUGUUGUUGUGCUCCCAGACAAUACAACUCACAUUAUCGAGCCGUCACAGUCUUGGUCUCCUCCAAACGACAACUGCACCACGUAUGACUGCAAAAUGGUUAAUGGCAAGCCGAAAAUCACUGAAUUGGUUGUUGAAUGCCCUGAUUAUGAUCCACAGAACUGCUUUCCUGGAACUGAAAGAAGUCAUAAAAAUGGCUGUUGCAAAACAUGUACACCCCGUUACAGCUGUGAAAUCACCAAGAACACCACCUAUCUUCAGAUAGAGGACUGCAAGUCAGUUGAGCCGGUGGAAAUCACAGCCUGUGAAGGAGCCUGUCCAACAUCCUCAAUGUACUCUGCAGAGAAGAAACACUUCAUGCAUUCAUGUACUUGUUGUCGAGAACUGUCCACCAGAGAGAGGAAGGUGGAGAUGGUCUGCUCUGAUGGCAAGACGAAGAAACACUCCUACAUUUCAAUUGAGAAGUGUGGCUGCCAUGUCACUGAGUGUGAGAAGAACGGCGAGCACUAACUUAAAUGUUUUUGCUUCAUAAACAACAAAUAUCUUUAAUCUGCUUUUCUGAAGUUUUAACAAAUCCACUAAACUCCAAGACUCCCAUAUAUGUUGACCACCAAAAGGCACACGUUUGAGUACUAGCUGGCAAAAUAACGCAUUUGGCUUGGCAAACUGUAUUAGAAAUGUUCAUCAUUUCAUAAAAUCUGAACUAAAUCUGGAAGCUGUCGUGCUGUUCAAACGUCAUCAAGACUCAUGGCCAAAAGUCCCGAUUUCCAAGAUUGUUGAUCUUACAGGAAUGCUAACUGUUGUUGAUAAAAAUGUUUCACACACCUCUGGAAAAUGGACCUAGGUAUUUUCACAUCAGCCAAAAUCAUUUUCCCGUUCCACUUCCAGGCUCAGCUCCCAAAUCUGCCUUUUGAUGGAGACACAUAUUGGUGUCAUGGCACUCUUUUUGCUUUUGGGAAGAUGGUUUUUUUGUCCUAAAAUGUAGACUUGAUGUUUCAAAAACAUAUCGUAAUUUUCAUCAUUUCGUGUGCUCUAUUUUUUUUUUCUCUUCAUGUUACUGUAAGAGAUAUGGGAGAAAAAAUAUAUAGUACAAUAACUUUCUUUUUCAAUGCACAUUAUG